AGAGCUUCUGUCUGUCUCUGUCUGUUACCACACUUCACCGUCGAGACUCGAGAGUGAGAGAACACAAACAACAAUGGCGGCUACCACGACUCUAGGCUUUCUUCUACCGACUGGUCUAUCUCCCCGUCGCGGUGGAUUUAAGGUUUCACUGAUCCGAUGCUCCGCUUCUCCUCUCACCACCUCUGGUCUUGUGGAGAAGCCUUGGGAUUCAUACAACGCCAGGCUUGUGUUAGAAGACGGCUCAAUCUGGCCAGCUAAGUCAUUUGGUGCUCCUGGAACCCGUGUUGCUGAAUUGGUCUUUAACACCUCCUUGACAGGGUAUCAAGAGAUUCUGACUGAUCCUAGUUAUGCUGGACAGUUUGUGUUAAUGACAAAUCCACAAAUUGGUAACACUGGUGUGAAUCUCGAUGAUGAAGAAUCUGAGCAAUGCUUCCUUGCUGGUUUGGUGAUAAGAAGUCUAAGCAUCAGUACCUCAAACUGGAGAUGCACUAAGACACUUGCUGACUAUCUAACCGAAAGGAACCUCAUGGGUGUUUAUGAUCUUGACACUCGAGCAAUAACACGUCGGUUAAGAGAAGAAGGUAGUCUCAACGGUGUCCUAACCACAGACCAAACCAAAACAGACCAAGAGCUUCUCCACAUGUCCCGUUCAUGGGACAUCGUAGGCAUUGAUCUAAUAACUGACGUCUCCUGCAAAUCUCCUUACGAGUGGGUCAACAAAACAGACUCUGAAUGGGAUUUCAACACUGCUUCACGCUCCGGGAAACCCUACAGAGUUAUUGCUUAUGACUUUGGCAUCAAACACAACAUCCUAAGACGCUUGUCCUCUUACGGAUGCCAAAUCACUGUUGUCCCAUCGACGUUUCCAGCUUCUGAGGCGCUUAAAAUGAAUCCAGAUGGGAUUUUGUUCAGUAACGGACCUGGAGACCCUUCUGCUGUUCCAUAUGCUGUUGAGACGGUUAAAGAGCUUUUAGGGAAAGCUCCUGUGUAUGGUAUAUGCAUGGGUCAUCAGUUACUUGGUCAAGCUUUGGGUGGUAAGACUUUCAAGAUGAAGUUUGGUCAUCAUGGUGGAAACCACCCGGUUCGUAAUAACAGAACUGGUCAAGUGGAGAUCAGUGCUCAGAACCAUAACUAUGCGGUUGAUCCGGCUUCACUACCUGGAGGUGUAGAAGUGACACAUGUUAAUCUUAAUGAUGGAAGCUGUGCGGGUUUAUCUUUCCCGGCGAUGAAUGUUAUGUCUCUCCAGUACCAUCCUGAAGCCUCCCCUGGACCUCACGACUCUGAUAACGCAUUUAAAGAGUUCAUAGAGCUUAUGAAGAGAUCCAAACAAAGUUCUUGAUCAUGGGAAGUAAAACAAGUCUUUUGUUUAUUGUACUAUUUGGUUCGCAUUUUUAAAGUUAAACGCAAGUGUUUUGUUAGUGACAAUGGAGUGAAAUUAUUGUUCUGGAUGUGACUAUGUUAAGAAACCAACAUCACACACCUAAUAAAUAAAGUUAAAAAGUUG